CGUGCCACGUGCGCCGGGCCGGCGAGCUCAACUUCACCGCGAGGGUGACGCUGCACCUCGUGGUGUCACCCGUGCGGCCAGGUCUUGAAUUUGUCCAGUUCAUCCAGCAAGCGACCAUGCCGUUCGGCUACCCGCUGCUCAUGUGGUGCAAGGUGGACAGGCCGGUGGCGGAGUGCCAGUGGACGUGGCAGCCGUUCCACCCGUUGCUGCAGCAGGACGAAUACGACGACGACGACCACGACUUGAACGAGCAGGCGUCCAGCCUGUCCGGCAUGGUCGUGCAGACGUUCCGGCCGUCGGGCGACGCCUCGGCGGACUGCAGCCUGCUCCUGGACCACGUGCUGGAGGGAGACGCCGGCGUGUGGUAUUGCGGGGCGCGUGAGCAGGACGCGCGCGACUUCACGUACGGCAAGCCUACGUUCCUGCACACCAGCAGCCUAGAUAAAGAAAUGGCAAGCCUCCCAAUCUCGUUUGAAGAAAACGGACUCAAAUUUGGCGAUGAUUUAAAUCUGACGUGCAAAGCACCGUACCCAGUCGUCGAGUGUCGGUGGUCACACAAAUAUCAGUACGAAAAUCUUUUUGCUUUCAAGAAGCAGUUCAAUGCAGACAGAGAAACCAAUGACUGCAGUUUACAAAUUCAAAAGGUUACUUUCAGCGAGCGUGGCCUGUGGUCCUGCGAAGUCAAAACUUCUAAACGAAGCAGUUUCCAAACCAUGACCACCAUACUGGUUAAUAUAUUCCCGUACCCAAAGGAUGUUGAAUUCGUGUUGUUGACGGGGAAAGCCAGCAAACCUAUAGGCUCUCCGAUAUCUCUUGGCUGCAAGGUCAACUGGCCUGUAUGGGAGUGCCGGUGGACGCUGCUCAGUUUAAACGAGUCGAAAACCGCAAAAAUCAUCAAACAGUUCCACCCGCCAGACAACAACUCCGCGGACUGCAGUUUGCACUUGGACUACAUCCUGGAGGAGCAGCAAGGCCACUGGAUGUGUGGCGUCCGCUGGAGUAACCACGAAGCUUUCUUCAAGUCUCCUCGCAUCGAGGUCACCCUGUAUCCUCCAGAGAGCAUCGGCUUCAUGGAGGAGCCGCAGGACACGGAGGCGCAGCUCGGCGACGACGUGGUGCUGCGCUGCGUGACGACCACGCCCGUCGACGAGUGCCGCUGGCUGUUCAGCCCGCCCGAGCAGCAGCAGCAGCCGGCGCUGCGCGUCAAGCAGUUCCCGCCGCCCGACCCGCAGCGCCGCAACUGCAGCGUGCGCUUCAGCCGGCUGGUGGCGCAGCAGGCCGGCGCGUGGGCGUGCGAGGUGGCGGGCGCGCCCAACGCGUCCGUGCUGGUGUCGCGCGCGGCGCGCCUGCACGUCGCCGACGCGCGGGGCGAGACGGCUGUCGACUUCGUGGACGUGACGCGCGAGGCGCGCGCGCGCGCGGGGCAGGCCGCCAUGCUGCGCUGCGUCACGAGCGCGCCGGUGCGCGCGUGCGCGUGGUUCGCUGCGCGCGCGACGCGCCGACGGCUCGCUGGCCCCGGCGGCGCGUGA